GCGGUGCAGAAGCGGGUUUUGUGCGCGGCGCCCGUCGAGUUCGUGCGCUUGCUUGCAGCCGCUGGGUUGACUGGGUUCCGUUUCUGCGAUUGUGUGGCGAACCCCUCAACGUCUUUUGUCCACGACUGCCCUGGUCGUCGUCACCGUUGCGAGAGGGCGAAGGAACGAAGACAUGUCAAGCUUUGCGGCCAGCCCGUCGGGCCGACUGUGAGCGGUGUUCUUUUCUCCGUGUGUUGUGCCAGUGGCAGUGGUCGUCGUCGUGGUUCGGCCGGCCGGCCGGAAGUUGUGGCUCCUCUGUUUUGUUGCACGCCGCUGUCAUGGCGGUCCGCCGUGCGGUGUAGCGCGCGCGAGACGUUUCGGCUCGGCCGCGUGCGUGCUCCCCUGAGAGACGGCGUUUUGUCGUUCAUGGCUGCGCCGUUCCUCGUCGCGACCCCGUGCCGUCGUAGUCUAGCGGGGCCGUCGGCUUAACCCCGCCAGGAAUACCGUCUCUUCGCCAUGAUGUCCGGUCCUGGCCUGGACUGGACUGCCGUAGAGAAGCUGAUGCAUGCCGACGAGGAACGCUUCGAAGAGGCCGUCAGCUCCCUCAGCGUGCGGGAGCUGCUGGACCUGGUGUCUGGCCUCCAGUCAGCCAUGGCCGAGGAGCAACGGCGGUUCGAUGCCCUGGGACUGCAGCUGCAGCGGCUGGGCGCACAAGGCGGCGAUCCUGAGGAGCAGAGGGCGCUGUCUGCUGCAUUGUGCGCCUCACAGCUUCGCCUUGCACGGCUCUGCACCCGCAACAUGCGCUGUUUCGCGCAGCAAGCGAUCCAGAAGAAGGAGGGUGAAUCUCGCGCCACAGGCAGCACCAGCAGCGGCGGCGGCAACAGCAAACGGCUGCGGGAACCUUACCGCGACCAGGUCACCACCGAGCUCUCAACAUCGCCGCUUAUCCGGCGGAACCUUCUCGACAUUUCUGACUUUGAUGAGGUUGAAGCAGCCUUUUCCUCAAUGAUGGAAGAUGGUUCUUCUUCCCAGGAGGUCCUCUCCACACCUUUUUCCGCACAAGAGGAGAAUCAUGUUGACAACGACUAUGACCCGAAAGAUUUUGUUGUGCACAGAAACACGUUCAUCACAAACGAGGACUACCACUCUGAGGACUCGACACUGCCUGGCAGCAGCCCUCAACCGCUGGUGCGCGAAGCUUCCAGUGACGUGUCAGACGAUGACGAGGGCGACUACCACCUGCGUUACGAUGAAGAUGAGGAGGAGAUGCAGCAGCGCGGCUACGACUCUCGGCACCACUAUGCCUUCUACCCAGAGGAGACUGAGCUUGAAGUCAUUCCUGAGGAGGACGAGGACCAUGCCAGCAACUCUGAUUGCUCGGACCCAAUGGGCGAGCGGAGUCGAAUGACUGAGCACGAUUCAGGGGUGACUGAUGAGCAUCACAGCAGUGGCAGUGAUGAUGACCGGAGGCACGGCAAGCGGUCAGAGGACACCGACAGCGGACUGCACUCACUUCCGUGGACACGAGACUGUGACUCAUCCCGUGGGAGUCCAGAGACCAGCCCCGACACCAAGGAACGUCCCGAAAUGAAGCACAACAUCAAACCUGAGCCUAAGCAUGAACCAAAGUUAGAGUCAAAGCCAGAGCCAAGACAAGUGUCAAGGCAUUCAAGUGAUGUCCCACGAGCUACUGUGUCUAUUCAAUGCAACGGUCCUGAUUCGCUUCGCAGUGUUCUCUCAGCGCAACAGAAUGACUCAUCACCACGAGGCCCCGAGCUUCUCAAAGGCAGCCGACUGGCUGAACUCAUCAAGAGCUUCGAGCAAGUCUCGGUCAUGACAAACGGCCAGUCGCCACUGCCAUCACGCACCACAACUGCCACCACAUCUGUUAUCACAUCACCCUCACCUACCAUGACCCCGAUGCUGACCGUGACUGCAAGGUCACGACCUGCUGAAGCUGUCACUACGGUAACAGUGAACCACGUAUCUGCAAACGACUCUCCGUCAUGGACGACCAACGGAGGUACAUUGCCUGUCACAUCAACACAUGUUGACCCCUCUGUCGAUGAAGAGCUGUUGCCGAGGAGUUCUACCCUAAUGUGGAAUCCUACUGAGCUCCUGAAGGAACUGUACAGAAUUGAAAUGCCUCAGCAGGGUUCACGGGACUGCGGGGCAUGCAUCAACCGCGAGGGAUACCUGGAUGUGAUGCCUUCAAACCGCAAGAAGGCCACCUACUGGAACCCCUGGAGGCGGCGAUACAUGCGGCUACAGGACGGCAUGCUCUCCUGCCUCGAGAACGAGAAGUCAACAAAGCCACUGGUGAAGAUGCAACUUCUCGGUGGUCAGGUUGACACCCUUGAGAACCACAUGAUUGGGAUCGAUGACAAGAAGGGUCACUAUGUGGCAGUCAAGUGCUCUUCCGAGUCCGAGUGCCGUGCGUGGCUGGAGGCCCUGCAGUCGCACUGCCAGCAGGAUCCCCAACGCAGCUUUGUGCAGCCCGUCGAGAGGCCUCUGCCCUGCAGCAAGCGUGUUGUUAUAGUCGACUUGGGUGGAUGCUCAGUCAGAGCUGGAGUCCUCAUGGAACAGCCUGCUCUACCAACGGUCUACUUCCCGUCGGUCUGCAGCACAGAUCGAACUACAGGCAAGCGCUACUUUGGCCUUGAUGCUGUCCAGCCAGAGGUGCGCAGGAAUUCACAGCUCAGCUUCCCUAUCCUGCCAUCGGCCAAAAUUUCCAAGUACACGAUAGAUGUGGAUGGGCUUCCCGAGCUUAUGAACAAGAUCUUCCGGGACCUGGGCAUCACAAAUCCUUCCGAGUACAAAGUGCAGCUCUGUGUACCGCGUAGCCUCAGCCUGCAGACGCAGGCAGCCCUUGCCGAGGCCCUUCUCUCUCGCGUGGGUGUCGGUGCCCUGAGCGUCACUCACCAGGCCAUUUGUGCUCUGUAUGCCUACAACACCACGUCGGGCGUAGUCGUUGACCUGGGAGCGCGCAUCGACAUCCUGCCAAUAGCUGAUGGAUAUAUUGUGGAAGGCGGUGUGUCCCGGUUGCCUCACGGAGCCCAGCAGCUGACGCAGCAGUUGCGGCAAGCGCUCGCCCAGAAGCAGCUCAGCCUGUUUGGAGAGUUGGAGUUGUACCUGGUGCGCUGGGUGCAGCAACAGGUGUGCUAUGUGGCACCCAACUACCGAGCAGAGUUCAAUGCCUGCCACUGUGAUCCUGCUGCCUACGAGUGCUGCCUGCCCCUGGGACACUUCUUCCAGCCACCCGCACCUCACAUGGAGGCACGGCUGGACCUGGGGCGAUUCCAGUGUCCAGAGGGACUGUUCCGGCCCGAGCUGUGGGGUCUUGACUGCCCAGGUCUUGGCAAGCUGCUGCAGCGUGCCCUGCAGGAGUGUUCGUUGGACGUGCGCCGACAAAUGGCACGCUCCGUGUUCCUGUCGGGAGGCCUAUCCCUGUUGCCGGGAUUACCUCAGCGACUGCAGACCGAGCUGGAUGCCCUCACUCCCGAGUCGCUGCAGCCUAAGGUCCAUGCUUCUCCCUACCGUGUCCACAUGGCCUUCCUUGGCGCAAGCACCAUGGCAUCGACUUCAGCCUUCGAGGAAGUGUGCGUAACGCCGCGUGAGUGGAAGCAGAAAGGUCCAUCAUGCCUCAGUAGGUGGCAUCUGUGACAGUCCCUCACUUGAGCAAAAGUGGAGUGCUUUUUGUGUUUAUAAGAACUUUGCCAUGCAACAUUCGGGGGGAAAAGAACAUGCAACUGGCCUCUACCCUGCCCCAUGCUGACUCAUCCCAGAAUGAAAGUUGCGCAACAAGUACAGCUGUGGAGUCAAGCCACCCAAGAAGUAUGUUGCGCGCAUUGUCAUCUGAUGAAGCGGACAGUCCCAUGGCAGACGGCUUGCAGAGAGCAGACGACCUACAGUCCCGAUGUGGCGAGAAUCGUAGAGCAAGUACAUCCACGGAGAUAAAUCUCAAGCAGAUGAUCCACACCUUUUGUUCAUUUCAUACAACGUCGUGAAUCGUCGCCUCAUCAAGACAGCCCCCAGGCAGACACUCCACAGAGUCGGGCAGAUAUUAUACAUCGGAAGCUACACGCUCUCCGCCAACCAGUUCUGCAAUGUGCCGUGGAAGCAAGCAGCCUCGGCACAUGGUAGACCUGGUACUGUGGCACCAUUCAGUUGCUUCAAGAAAAAAAAGAAAAACUAUGAGCCAUACCAGCACCAAGACCGAUGUGGGCAUCUGCUCUGUCAAUGCAUUCUGCUAAUUUUUUUUAGAAUGUUCUCACAGUGGCAAACGCUCACGUGAGCAGCCCCAAGGCACAGUAGCUCGAGGGUCCAACAGCUUUUGCAUUGUGAGUUGCUCCUAGGUGCACCCUGUCCUUUUGGAGUUUGUAGGUGGCCCUGAUGAAACGACACGCAUUCCAGAGCAGUGUGUGCAUUUGACAGAAAGCCACCCAAGCGUCCUGCUGCAGGUGCACAUGGCUUUGCCCAAUGCUGGUUCUACCUGCCGGUGAUGUUGUGAGAAAAGUGUUCUGUGUGUUUUUAUCGCUGGUGAUCGAUGAGCAAAAGGCCCGCCAAUUGGCACAGGGCAUUUUAGCCACAACUCGUGCGAGUAAGGGACAUUGAUAAAUUUUUCAAGCAGUUAGAAAUGAAGCAACAGCUGCUGGCAUGCAUUCACAGACCAUACCUGCUUAGUUUACCUAGAAAAGUUCUAUUUUCUGUUUCCACGUUAUGUGCACCUAAGCUGCAGAUGCCGUUCAUCAUCGUUUGACUGUGUGGUGCACAGUUGGCUUAAACAUCUUGUUCCACUCUUGUGAAGAAGUAGGCAGCCAAUCUUGAAACUGUAGUUGUGCAGAAGAGAAGGACCCUGUGCCUUUUUGUGGACGUCUUGCCAACAUUUUACAUAUAUGACAAGGUAAAGUCCUCACAACAUGUCUCUCUGCGUGUUUGUGUUUCUCCUAGUAUGUAAAUACUGAUGCCAACUCUUUCUCGUCCUAAAGCAAGUGGGAAAGUUGCUUUUACACGUGACGCCCAGAAUUAUUUUAGAAACUGUGCAUGUAGUCACUGCAGGGCUGCUAGCUUGGGUUUUCAUGAAAAAUAUGUAUGAAAUGAUUGCAGCAUAUAAGAUCGAAAAUUAUCGAAUAAGAACUGUUUGUCUGCUAUUUAUUGUGCUUGAUGGAAAUUUCCGUCCAGUCUGGAAUCUUUCUUGUUGGGUGAUUCCAAGGUGAUGCUUGUAUUUUUCUGCCAUCGUGCCGAAGCAGUCCCGAAGUCAGGGGAAGGUGUAAAUUUUUCAAAAAGCAAUGUCGGUGAUUUGUCUGCCACAUUUCUCCUGUGUUCACUGUGCAUUUACUUUUAUAGGGUUGUUUUCUUUUUCUUUUUUUUUUUUUUUUUUUUUUUUUACUAUUCUUAAGCAAGCUGUCAAUUUUAUGCCACUUUGUACAGAUGCCACUGAAGAGGCAUUUUCCCAAUGUCCACUUUCUCGGAGUUUGUGGUUUCACCUAAUUUAUAAUUCCUUUUCAUUGUUCUGUGUUGACUCCAGGAGUCCCUUAGAAAUAGAGAAUCGUUAACAUUGGCUCGUGUUAUGUGCAAUUUUUUUGUGUGUGAUGUCCUUGUACAGUACAAGUGCUUGGAUUCCAUUGUGCACAUUGUAAUCGCCUAUUCAACUGUUUCUUAAUGCCUGUUCUGUGUUGCAGUGAAGUGCACAAGAGCCUUAAUUCAUGCCAUUUGUGUGAAAGAGAGCAAAACAACCAGAGCUCUCAAAUUUGUGGCACCAGUUUCACCAGAUAGUACCAGUGUAAAUUAUUUUCUUACUGGUCUUGCAGUGCGACUUGCUUUGACUGGGAAAGUGUUACAAUUGCUGAAAAAGGUUUGAGUUUGGGCUUUUCAAGAGGACAAGUUUUUAUUCGAGGGCAUAUGCCCCCCUGGACACGUCUGGUAUUGUGCCUGCAACCUAUCUGCAGGUGCUGCCACCUGGAGUGCAGUUGAAUCUUGUGCCUUUAGAGCAGUGGUGUUCCAUGCUAUGACGAAUUUUUUUCGUGUAUACAGAAAGAUUUAUUUUGCUCGCUUUUCCCCUUCAGGGUUGUGAGAUAUGUUCUUCUAAAUUGUAGGCAUAAUUUGUAUGGCUUACUUACUGUCUGCAUCACGUUUUUUCUUGAUAUGUGCAGUCUUUGCCAAAGGUUUCUAAGCCAACUAAUGAGAGACAGGAACUGCCACAAGAGGGACACUUAGCAGUGCUCCUUUAGCAAAUCUUGUGCUCAGUAACCCAUGAAAGUCAGGACCACUAUACCUUUCGAUCUCCAGGGCUUUGAAGAAGUGUUCGUAGCAGCAUUUGAAUGUUUGAAGGAUACUGUAUUUAAACAUAGCCCUUGUUGUGCCUAUCAACAUUUCGCUGCCGUUACAUUGCACUGUUAAUUAUGGCAAUGUGUAAAAAAUAUUCUGCAUUUGGCAUCAGUAGCAUUCGAGUAUAUAUAAGACAGAUUGCAUUUUAAUUUUGAAGUUACUGCACUCAAAUUUGGAAAUGUACAAUGCACAUAAGUCUCCGAUAGAAUGUUCAACUAAUUAGCUGUGUGCCUAUGGUGUCCCUAAGAUUGGUAGAACUGUUCUUGAAAAAAUAAAGCACUUCGCAUGAAAGCUUACCUAGGUGUUGCAUCAAAAGCACAACACUGGGACCGCCAGCAUACCUUCAGUUUGUCAAGAGGAGUGGACAGUUGUCAUAACCUGCCAUAGGCACGCCUGGCUCCUGUGAACCAUAUUGUUUUCUUCACUCUACUUUCUAUCAGAAUGGAGGAAAUUUAUUAUGAAAUUUUAAUGCUUUCGAUUAGAGUGGUUGAUUCCCUCCACAGUUUUCACGUCUCCCCAUGGUCCUUUAAUGGUCCUCAGAUGUUGUCGGGUAAUUCUUCAAAGAAGGAAAAAAAAGCUUGACGUGGAAAUAUGAGCUUAGUCAUUCGACGUUUUGUACAUGCUGGAACUGUGAAAGAAAGAGUGUACAAGGAAAACGCAUAAACAGGACGAGCGCCGACUUCAACUGAUAAUUUAUUAUGACAGCACAGUUUAUGCCAAAAACAAGAGGGAAAGGGAUGAGGCAAGUGAGAGGAGAAAAUUAUGUCUAAACAAAUGAGUCGUGCAUUUUUUUAUACAGCUGCCAAGUCUCAAUUAAUAUAACCUUUUUUUUUUCUCUAUGCCACUGAGGAAGUGCUCACACAUUUAUUCAUUUUAUUAUUGAUUCCGAAGGCUGGAAAGAUUUCCUUUUACUUAGUCAAUAAAAGAACACCGAUUAGAUUGUCAUGUUAUUUAGCGAGAACCGUUAUUGGCUUUAGUGGUAACUUAUUUAUCCUAAGGGAAAGCAUGUAUAUUGAGUCAUGUGUUGCACCAGUUCUAAACAAGAUUUUUUUAGCCCAGUGUGAUGAGGGUACAAUAACGUGCCCUCAAGGAACAAAAGUAUCCAGGGUUUUGUUCAUAGAUAAAUAUCAUGUGGUAGCGAAACCGAUCGAGCCUUAGCAAAGGGACAGCAUUGUUGGCGUUGUGCUGGACAUUUUGCAUGCUUGUUCAAAAGGCCAUCACUUCACCCAUGAAUCGCCAGAGGUUGACGCCCUACAGUAGCUUCUUAAUGUGUCUUACAAUUUAAUGGAGCCGUGCUGCAGAUAUGGGCCAUGGUUGAAAAAAUAAAUUUUGAAAUACGAUUCUGCUUAUUCUAGAUUGAUCAAAAAGGAAAUGAAAUCGCUGUCAGCGCCUGUCCUCUUUGUGCGUGUUCUUUGUCUCGUCUUUCGUUUGCACAGCCAGCGUGCAUGAAAAAAGCCUUGUGAAGAUUCCAUUUUCUCUCAAGAUUUGCCACAGAGCUCUCUAAGAAGGGGAACUUCCCUGUAUGGAACAUCACUGCCUCAUCUAAGCUGUUAUCUGAGAGAGAGAGAGAGAGAACUUGCAUGUUAUUAGUGUAUAAAGCAGUGCCUGCCAAUGAAGUCUUUCAAUAGGAACAUAGUGUUAGAAUUGCCUUUCAAAACCAGCAGUGCAUACUGCCCAGAAACUGACUGCAUCCUGUGAUGUAGUGAUCGCGCCAGACCAGAUGUGGACUCUAGUUGAGACCAUGCAAAGUCAUGUUCCACAACAUACACACACAUUGUUGACCUGAUCCUACUGCCACGUUAAACCGUUUCUGAUACUUAUUUGGCAUGACUGGCAUUUCAUCGUUUGAUGACAUUGAAAAGGCACCAGUUACAGUGGCAUCAUACAAAAGCACUUGCUAGAAGACUCAUCAGCCUUCAACCAAAUAAUUUGCAUCUCCAAAUUGAAAACCAAUUGAAAUUGAAAGAUUGCCUGUGAGAAAACGUAUGAGGGAAGCUUACUCAGUCACUGGGCAUAUCCUUCAUUGAUCCUUCUCUGAGAUGCUUCCACCAUUUUGUGAUAAAGUGUGCAGCGCAAUACCUCAUCGAAACAGCAGGCGUUCUGCCUGCUGGAUUAGGUAAUCAGCAUGCACUGAAAUUAAGCGAGAUCACUGAGAGUGAUCAAUCCAGAAUAUGGUCUUAAGGCAGCAAUGAGCAAGAAAAUGAUUCCUGUUGCUGUCAGGUGUAAACUCCAAGCAACCCAUACCUUUAGCUGAGGUAUGAGACAUUGAUGACAUUUUUUUUUUUUUUUGUCCCUGAGGCAUUGUGGGUGUGUUUGGGGAGAGCUGUUAGGCAGCAUUUCAGUCAGUCAUUGUAGUUAGUUUGAUACUUCAGAUGAGCGGCUCAUCUUGACCGCUGUUCAUAAGAGCCUGCCAUGUACAAUGUGGCAUGGUGACUGUCACAGAUGACCUCUCUUAAAUGCAAGUUAGAAUAAACUACUUGUUCAGACAAGAAAGCUGCUACUAUAACUGAAUGCACAAGUAACACACGGGCCAAUUGUCAUAAUGGGUCAUUGUAGUAUCGAUGAGGUUAAACAUUUAAAGUUGUGAAGGUGAGGCCUCGCACAACUGAAGCAACUUUACACUGAAAGUCUGGGGUCUAACUAGGCAGUCGGAAUUGUUUCGUGUAUUGUCAGCAUUGAAGCCACAUCAGGACUUCAGUCAAGAUGCCAAUUAAUUGGAAGCAGUUUCUUUACAUUCCUUAAUUUGUGAAGGAUUGAAGAUGCACUUUGUUCCAUCUCAGUUUAAUAUUAUCUUCUGCUUUGUUUGUGAAUCGGCUGUAGUUGUGGAGUGUUUCGUGUGAACUUCUUGCUUCAAGGAACAGCAGGGAGGUUGGACUCUUUAGACGGGCAGGUAUUGGCCCUAACACCCUUGAUGUUGUAAUCACUAGUGACUUGUUCUUAGAAGUGCAAAAUAUGUGCAUUUUUUUUUCGCUCUUGCAUAGACGGGAGUUUUUUACGAUCUUGCUUCACAACGUAACCUAAGCGGUGACUCACUACAUUACCCUGUCUUGCGCUGCUGCUGUUGAUGAUGCCUUAUUUAAUGAUUCCAGUGAUUUUUUUUAUGUGGCAGUUGUUCUCUAUGUGAGCCCUGUUUCUUUCUUUUUUUUUUUUUUGCCCUCGUUUUUCAUGUCGCAAAGGCAGCUGUUCAUCAAGGGCAGCAUUUUCAUGAACCUAUUUUUUCAGUCAUGAAGCUUUUUGAAUAAUCGUGUUAAUAAGUGCAUUGCUAAUAUUGCCUUGUCAUACAGAUUGUGUCAAAACACAAACAUUUUGAAUGUUAAAUAAUACUUGAAUAAAAGAAUGUUCACAAAAAAUCAA